AUGGCCGCCACGGCCACGGCCACAGCCACGAUAGAAAAACCAGCCAAACGCACAAGGGUCAACAAGAGAAAACGAGUCACACGAGCAUGCGACUCCUGCCGCAUUCGAAAGCACAGAUGCGAUGGCACCCACCCAACCUGCUCACCAUGCUUUGCGAUCCACCAGCCAUGCAGUUACGGCUCCGAUAACAAGAAACGUGGGCUGCCAACCGGAUACGUACACGCCCUUGAGCUGCUCUGGUCUUUGGUCUUCACUGUCGUGCCCAACAGUAGAAGCAUAGUCAAGACUCUCAUGUCGGGUAUUCAGUUUAGCCUGGAUUCUCGUUCCAGGCUUGUCAUGGAAAGUCGGUAUACCAAAGAUUCCGAAACGCUCAAGCAGGCUUGGGAGGACAGUGGUGUCCAGGGACAGUUGGACCAGCUCCUAUCAGGGGUUCGGGAAAUUGAUGUUGCUGAUGGAAGCUUCGCGGCUACAGACAAGACGAAAUUUGAAACCGCCGAUAUUCCUCUACAGUUGACUUUCGAGGCUAUUCGGAGUGCAUCUGUGGUCGGCUCGGACUCCAUACAGUCACAUAAAGCGGAUACACCGACUCAAUCGUUUCCGAGGGCGGUUCAGGCCGAGUUGCAGAACGAUUUGGGAUCAGCUACCAUUUUUACUCAACACUUUAAACGUUUGGUUGACGCCUACUUUGCCCAGACUCACCUCUGGUUACCUAUCGUGCAGAAGUACAAGAUGCUGGAACUAUUAUAUACGCCAUCACGGAACAGAGAGACAGAAAGGGGAAGUAUGGCUACCCUCUGGGCAGUUCUCGCCUAUUCAUCCCUUCAGGAGUCUCGGGAUACUUCUGCUGCGGCCGAACAUAGGGCCUUGCUCCCUACGCCGGAUCAGCUGUAUGCGAAGGCAAGACAGCAGCUACCGAACGAAGAGGCAUCUCAGCCCGAAUACGCCCAGGCUUUCCUCAUCUUGAGUCUCUUCAAGCUAGAAAAGGGAGACGUCGCAGCCUGUUGGUGCUUGAUUGGUCAGGCAGUGAGAAUUUGUCUAAACCUGAACAUGCCAUUUCUCUCCGACAAAGCAUUGCAACUCGAAGGUGGUGAUGAUUCUUACCAGCGGCGACUGCUGCUGGGUUGCUUUGUACUUGACACGAUCAUCUCUUGCCAGCUACGCAAACCACCUCAUCUCCGGACAGAGGACGUGAAUCUCUCAUCUAUGCUAGCGGAAACGGGCCCAGAUGAGUGGGAGUUGCAGGCCUUGUCCCUUGGCAAGUCAUGCAACAUGAGCACCACGUAUCAGCCAUCACGAGCAAUCAGCAUCUUCAAUCAGUAUGUCGGUGUAGUACGAAUACUCAACGAUGUCAUGAUGGAUCCCAUGACAUCAGACCAUCUCUGCAUCAAGUACUUACUGGCACUGAGCCAUUGGCAUGACCAUCUCCCAGGGCAUUGUGUUAUUUCCCCACCGCCUGGUCAGGGCCAGCUGGAGUCUGUACAAAGAUCAUCACCGCAACUCGUCAACCUCCACCUCGCUUUCAAGAGCACGGCAAUGGUCCUCAAGGCGCAGCAUGGUCUGCUGUCAGAAAGGGGACUAAUGAGUAAGCAAAGUGUAAAAAUGACUGGCUCGUUGAUCGAAUGCCUCAUGUCACGGUGUGAAAAGGACUUUACGGCGUCUACCGGUAGUAUGCCCGCGAUUUUCAAUAGCUACAAAACCAUCGGCAAUAGGGACGCGACCCGCUUCAACGACCCAGGCUCAGCUUUAGACUCAAAGUGUUUGCAGCCAGGCCUUGCCGAGGAUCUUCAAUUCUCUGUUAUGAGCAGCGAAUCUUUCCCAGCAUAUCUACCAACACCAGCGGACUCCUCCGAGUAUGCCAACAUAGAUACAAGUUACUCUGCAUGGUGUCAAGCCCCAGCCCAGUCUUAUCGCACAGAAGGUUCAAUUGCGAAUUCACAGACCCCUGCGCCAGAUGUCAUAUACGAACACGACAAGGAAACUUGGAGCCAGAUCUUCGGCAACGUAGAACUAAGCGAGGCUGGCAUUACAAACCAAAAGUAUCAGGGAGAGUUAGAUUGCUUGAAAGAAAUGGAUGGAAUGGCGAAGUCUAAUUUGGGUAAUUUUCUUAUGAACUCAUAA